GUUAUGAGCUAGUAUGAAAUGGCUCUAAAAUGUCCGGCGUUGUCGCUCCGACAGAAACCUUUCGUAGCACAAUUCCUUCCGAGAUGGCAACUUCUGAAGAUUUUAUUGAUAGGACUUCUGCUGUUUUGGUCUGCUUUGACAUAUUUCUCGUUUCCAUCUCUGUCAAAGUGCGAUAGACCGACUAUUUUGUGCGAGCUGCACACGUCCAGUGCGAAUCCUAAACUUUAUCAUCUCAGUCCACUCGUAUUCGACUCGAAGGAGCAUAAUCUGGAAACAUUCGUUCCCGAUACUCCCACGCCUUACUUACCGGCUGGUUCCGCUCGUGGUGGUCGCCACGCGGUGCUCUUGAUUAAAGUCUCUGAUGGACAAAAGCAUUUAACUGAUAUUUUGGAGCAUCUUUUCGUUCCAUAUAGAGUGGUACAUGUACAGCAUGCGCAACUAUGGACACAAUCACCUCUGUUGGCUGCGCUGGAACAGUCAGAUUCCUUAAGUUUCGGAUUGAUCGUAUUUGAACGUCUCGCAACUUACACUACAUUGCCACCUGAUGAACGGACAGCCUUGGAUGCCUACUGUAGGCGCACUGGGAUCGCAGUUAUCGGUUUCCUGAACGACGGCAACGAUUUUUCUACUGAAGAGAAUUCCUUGUCAAACGUAGGGACCCUGCCUAUCUAUCUUCAUCGUCUUCAGACAUACCCUGAAGGGUAUUACCUUGCGAAGAAUGCCUCUAUCUUUCGAAUACUACGAACAGGUCGUCUGCAGCCAGGCCGAUUGCAACAACAUGGCUCAACAGUGACAUCUGAUUGUUGUUUGGCUACUCUGAUACCCAAACCCGGUUACGAAAGACACUAUAUUCCUGUCUCGUUCACCAAAGUCGGUUGGAUCUCGACACCAUCCACGGAUAUCAGGCAUCGGUCAUGUGUACUUUCCGAGGGCACUGAGAGUCGGACAGAAGUUUUCCAGAGCCUUGUUUUAGAGGAUAUAGGCUUAUCUGAUGGAGUUAGACGUGUCCUUUUCGCCACCAGUUCUGAUGGAUAUUGGAUCAAUUCAUUACUGAUAAUGGAGGCUGUUGUGCAUUUGCUUGGUCGGGGCAUUCAUGCUUCGCCUCCAAUUGCAGUCCCUUUGGUGAAGGAGGAUCUCAUCCAUUCUCCAGAGCUCUACGUGCCGCACGAUCUCGUUAGGUGGAUCAUGAUAGACGUUGAUGAUGUUUUUCUGCAUGGAACGGGCGUUGACUUUACUGUGGAUGAUGCUUCCCUUAUGAUAAUAUUUUUCGUGAUGUUCUCUUGUGGUCGAGCACUGUUUGUCACCAGCCAGUUCAUGGCCACUUCUGGCGUUCAGUUGCCACUACUGCGUUAUAUCCUACUUUCUCGCUUAGAUUUGCGCAACCACUUUUGGUGGUUCGAUCACUUGUGGAAUCAUUACCAAGUUCACAAGUUAAAUGAAAGUGAACUCUUGCAUCUCAUGCGCCUGAACAAACAGUUUGCACUCGUACUGCCUCGUCAAACAUGUGGUAUUUACAGUCGGUUCGUGGAAAUGCUAGACUUUCCUGGAGGUGAGAAGCGAAUGCGCGACCUGGUGUUCGGUGGUUCAUUGUUCUACACGAUUGUUUUCAAUCCUGUGUCAGUCUUCAUGACUCAUAUGACUAACUACAAGGGAGAUAGAUUGGCGCUGUAUCUUUUCGAUGCGCUAUUCCGCUUUGUUCGUCAGUGGACAAAUCUGCAGCUGGCCACUGCUCCACCAAUUCAGUUGGCCCACUUCUAUUCAAGACGCUUCAGGGAGUUUGGAGCCAAUGACCUUCCUCUAUACACCGAUCCCUGUGCCGAUCCCCAUAGCUUAGCACUGUGGCCAGUCGGUUGGCCAUGUGGAGUGGAUUAUCUUCCGCGGUUGGUCAUCAUUGGACCACAAAAAACAGGUUCAACUGCACUCGUUCACUUCCUACGGUUGCACUCAUCGCUGGUUGCCAAUCAUUAUCACUGGGGUUCCACCUUCGAGGAACUUCAAUUCUUUAGUUCUGAUGAGAUAUACGCCCGCGGCAUACACUGGUAUAUGCAGCAGUUUGAUUCGGUUAACAACCGUACCGGUGGAUCGGUAGUUCGGUUUGAGAAGUCGGCCUCCUAUUUCACGGAUGUUCGUACACCACAACGCAUGCAUUCGUUGAUCCCGGAUGCACGCCUUGUGGUCCUGCUGCGCCAUCCAGUAUAUCGAGCCUACUCCUGGUACCAGGUAUGUUUGAUUGUUCUUGAACCCCUAUUCGGGUACGAUUUACACAACUUCCAAACAUCCAGUGCGCUGGUGCUACAGAAAGAUCCACCGGGUACCGAACCCACACUAUUAUUGGUUUAUUUUUCCAGCGACAUUUUGACGCCUGAUCCGCUUGUCAGUUACCCCGUUUACGCCCAGAUAACCAUCCGAAUAUUCAUUCCUACUACCUUGUCGCAGCACACCUUGGCCCGUGGGGAUCCAGCCGCCAGGCUGCUAUCUUUUUCUCAGUUGGUUCGAUAUGGCGCCAAUAUAAAUGAAACAGUGUUGAUGACCAUAACCACACACGAGGAGUUGUUACGAUUGGGUUUCGAAUCCACGAAGUCGAGCUCCAUGCAGUUGCUGUUGAAGGCUAUCCAGCACCUGUACAACCGUUGUUUUCGACCCGGCGAUUAUGCCAGUUAUUUAGCAGAAUGGUUGAAAUACUACCAACCUUCUCAGAUACUCCCCGUUGACGCCGAUCACUUCAUGAGGGCACCAGCAGAUACACUCAGAGUUAUACAAGAAUUUCUUCGGUUGCCAUUUAUCCUCAACUAUUCCACCUAUUUGGAAUACAAUUCUCAUAAGGGAUUCUUCUGCCUUCGACCGGGACAUCAUUUUCCGCCUUGGCCAGGUGCUCGCUUAUCGAACCAACCUUGCCUUGGGAGCAGCAAAGGACGUCUCUAUCAGCAUUUAGACCCGGAUGUUCAGGCCCCAGCUCUUUUAACUAAAUUUUAUGCAACAUCAAAUAAAAAUCUGAUCAAGUUGUUUCGCGCUCAUCCAAUCUGGCGACGGUGGUGGCACGCACAGUCCAAUUCCGAAUAUCCUGCGUGGUCACAUGGCUCGAGCUGAACACGAAUUGUUUUUACGAACCUUCCUGAGAUUCUAAUGUUUUUCAAUUUUUUAGAAUUGGUUUUGAAACCUCAUUCAAGCUCGCCACCAAUGCAUUUACUGGACUGUCCGGCAUGUUCGAAUACCUCCCCGAAAAGCCUUUGCAGAAAUUUAACUUUUGUUUUAUCCUAAUUUUGUAAUUUGUAUAUUGCGUUAGCUUACUAGAUGACUACUUCGGACAUCCUUUCUCACUUCCCUUA